AUGCCUAUCGGAAGUGAUCUUCUAGCCAGCCUGGCCAAGAGAAAAGUCGCCCGCAGUGCUCGGGUAGCUAGUUGGGACCAUACGGGCCUCAACGAAGACGCCUUUGUCGUGCUACCCGGAGAGUCCAUUGUGCUCGCCGAUCUCGAAGGACCCGGUGCUAUAACGCACCUGUGGUUUGUGCAGACCUGCCGCAAGAUCCUAGGCCCAGGAUUGAUUCCCUACUCCAAGUCUGGGGUCGCGAUGAUGGAGAUCCACAACGCCCUCGGCCUCAACUAUGAAGUCAGCGACCCGGACUACUACCGCAAGGUGCUUAUCAAGAUGUACUGGGAUAAUUCCGAGACUCCGAACGUUAUAGCGCCCAUCGGGGACUUUUUCUGUCUCGGUCAUUCCAUGGCUGCCAACUUUCAGUCUCUCCCAUUUACGGUGUCAGUCAAGCCAUCCGAGGAGAAGAAGUUUGGCGGCGCGGCGGCGUUCAACUGCUACCUCACUAUGCCGUUCAAUAAACGCGCACGCGUUGAGAUCGAGAACCAGAACGACGAGGCGUAUUUCCAGUACUUCUAUAUCGACUAUGAACUGUACCCGGAGCCUUUGCCGGCGGAUACGCUUUACUUCCACGCUCACUGGCGCCGCAUGAACCCCACGAAUGGCUGGGCACCGUCCCGCAUCCAGACCAAUAGCCUCGAGACGCAAGUGCCGAACCUAGACGGAAAGGACAACUACGUUAUUUUAGAAACUGAAGGCAGCGGGCAGUACAUUGGCUGUAACCACUCUGUCGCACACUUCCAGGGAACCUGGUGGGGUGAAGGCGACGAUAUGAUCUUCAUCGACGACGACACCUGGCCGCCGAGCAUGCAUGGCACUGGUGGGGAGGAUUAUUUCACGCAGGGAUGGGGCAUGCAGAAGAAUGCGUACCCUUUUUGCGGCACUAUCAUCCAUGAAGAAGACGUGCCCAACUACCAGGUCAGUUACCGCUGGCACCUGACGGACCCCGUGCGUUUCAACAAAAGGAUUAGAGUGACUCUGGAAUCUGGGCAUGCGAACCAUCUGCGGGAUGACUGGAGUACUACAGCGUACUGGUACCAGACCCUUCCCGGUCCAAAGCUCGAUAUCCUGCCCGUGGAGAAGCGCAUUCCGCGCAAACCUCAGUUCCCGUCCGCGGAUGAUGUACCUGAGCCAGAUGUGAGCAGCAUGAGUGCCGAGAAGCAGGCUAUGGUAAAUCAGCGCGAUAAGCGAAUGGAGGCAUUUGUCCAGGACAGGAAUGAAUGGUUGGCACGGAGGGCGCGCGAUUCUCAAGCGCGUGCACGCACUAAUGUUGAAAUUUGCAAGGACAUCCGGCAACGCUUCUUGGGGGGCUUGGGCAUGUAG